UUUUCGGUUUUUUUGGGUCAAGAUUUCCACCAGUCGCCUCGCUACGUAAAUAGAACCCCUAGAUGCCUCACAACCCCGCAUAAUUAACUGCCAGGCGCUACAACCAAAAGUGGUAUUUUGGACGAUCCCAUGCGCGACCGUUAAUCCAGAAGCAAUAUUUUCCCAGAAUUUCCUCCACAUGCUCUAGACCUCUUUAGCCUAAUGACUAUCAAUAUAGUGCGGAGGCGAGGCACCCUGCAUUUGAAUCAGCUAUAAUCGCAUCAAUUGAUGCAGGCUGUCCCUUGCAGGACGAAACUUGAAAUCGAAAGGAACAAUAAUCCUUAAUGAUGAGACUGCUCUGCGAUGCAUGGCAUGUGUAUAUUGGGCAGUCUCGAGUCCUUUGCAUUGUGCUGGAAUGUAUUUUUCUUGUUCGUUUGCUUGCCCGAAACUUUAUCGAUACAUGCAGUCAGAUCAGCGGUAAAGAGUCACACCACUUUAAAUGUCUUCAAUCAUUUUGAAGAUAGCGGAUUACGAAUGAAUGUUGUGUCGAACCCCUAGGUACAUACCUAGGUACUCGAGGAUGCAGUUCACUGCGCACAUGAUCAUCUCAUCACGUGAAAAUUUGCGCCUCACAAUCAAUCGAUUCGAACAUUCGAAUGUGGAACAUAUCUGGGCAGCCCACCAAACUUCGAUACCCAUAACCGAGCCCGGAGAUAUAUAUUUCAGCGCGAUACAGCAUCCACAGUUCUGAACAUCACACCAAUAGUUUAUUGACAUUGUCGCCAGAUGUCGCAAUCCAUUGUCGCCUGGACGCACAGCCGAGGUGGUUAUCCUGAUGCGUUGCAGCGCACAAAAAUCAAGCUCAACGAUGCGCCGCUCCGAUCAACCGAGGUUCUUGUUCGCGUCAAGGCGGCAGCCCUGAAUCCCGUCGAUAUCCAACUUAUGGCAUUUCCUCUGCUCGCCCGUCUCCCUAAUGCUAUCAUGCCCAAUUUCAAGGGCAUGGGCGAAGAUUUUGCCGGCAUUGUAGAGCAGGCUGGGAACGAGUCCGGCUUCAAGCCAGGCGAUGAGGUUUUUGGCCUGAUUUUCUUUUUCCCGGAUGGAUCUUUGCAGGAGAUGAUGAGGAUUGAUACGGCAAAAACGAAUGCCGUUGUGCGCAAGCCGGCGAGCUGGACCUGGGAGCAGGCGGCUGCGCUUCCUCUUGUCUGGCUGACAGCUCGCACGAUGAUGAAGAGCAUUGAAUCGUAUGUACCCAAAGGAGGCAAAGUCGCAGUUUUGGGUGGCAGCUCUUCAACUGGCAUGUAUGCCGUUCAUCUUGCGAAGCAGCGCGGUUGUAUCGUCGCUGCAACUUGUUCCUCUGCAAAGGCCGACUUCGUGCGGAGCAUGGGAGCGGACGAAAUUAUCGACUAUCGAAAUGACAGCGUUCCAGACGCAUUGAAAGCUUUCGCGCCAGAUGCAGUCCUCGACUGUGUCGGCGGCACAGAGUGUAUUGGCAUCGCACAGCGUUAUGUGACGGUCGUGGGUGACAAAACGAGCCGUACGUCGCUCGGUGGCGCGCUCACUUAUCUCUUCAACCCACAAAUGAUCCUCCGCUCGUUUCUAGGGCUAAUUGGUCUGAGCCCCUCGUAUCUUUGUAUAAACCUCGCUUUCGACCAGAAAUGGUUGGAGGAGGCUCUACUGCUGCCACCAGAAAAGAUCAUCAUUGAUAGCACAUUUAGCUUCGAUCAGGUCGUGGAGGCGUAUGAGAGGCUCAACACUGGUCGCACGAUGGGCAAGGUGGUGGUUUCCAUUGAUUAA